UACACACCAUUAAUCAGUACGUUUCCAAAAACAACUCAUUUAUUAUUACCACUCUCAUGAUCCUAUGAAACGGUGUAUCCAUGUCACUAGAAGUCACGUAACAACAUUUAUCAGUCGAACGGUUAAAAUGAACAACUCUAGUUUAAGGCAGAAGAAUAUAAGUGUCAGCGUACGUGGUAGAUCACGAGUUCGAAUCCAAAGGUCUCAGUCACCACAAGGAAAGAUUAACUUGUCAUAUUUUCGAUACGGAUCUGUGUCUCCGCCACGAAAGAUCGAAUCCAAUUGCAAGGACAGUACAGCAUCACAAGCAAAUUCUGUGCAACGUCGACACAGCCUAGUGAUACAAAGAAAAUCUCCAAGUCCCAUUACAAAUUCAUAUGACAGGAUUAGCAUAUAUCAACAAAAUAAAAAACACACCCCUACAAAUGGACUCGAAACAGACAUAAAUGUGACGCGUACAAAUAAUUUACAGUUAGUAAACAGCCAAUACGAAAAAUCAAUUCGCCAUACAGCUCUCACCCCACAUGCUAAUGGUAUUUCAAUAGUGAUUGGCGCAACUAACUCAGCUUCCAAUGAAACACCAGACAAAAAGUUGUUAAGAGAUGACUCAUUUAAUUUAAAUUCAGUCUCGCCAUUAGGCCGUAUUGGAGAGCCAGGAUUAUACGACCUUGGCAUACCGGUCGAUAGCAGUUCAGUUUCUCUCUCUACUAGUCAGACUGACAAUUCUAGUCUUAAUUUUUCUGCCCUACCAUGUUUGUCUAUAACUACAAAGCCUAUUGUACGUUGUCCUGUCUCAAAUUCACAUUCAAUUUCCAUUUCCGUUAACGGUAAUGCUGCUUUAUUAUUGAACGGGAAUAAUGACAGUUCUUAUUCAUUUUAUCCAAAAUCAACUAGUGGACAAACUACAAUAACAAGUUUACACAAUAAAAAUGUUGCUUUAAACAACCGACCACCACUACCUCAUUCAGACAUCAGUGUUAAAAAAAGUGGUGUUGCUGUAGUGCGUAUUUCCGCUACAAAUUCAACAAGAGUAGUGAGCAACUUACCUCCUAAGAAUCCCACCAACGUUAUCAGUGUUCGAAAUCCUCCGGAGCCAUUACAUUCCUAUAGUUCUUAUGAAAACUUACUAUCUAAUGGGGCUAGGCGUUUCAGCUUAAUUGACCAAAAUCCUGAACGUGCUAAGCUUCGAUAUCGAAGUGUUUUAACGAACGUCUUAUCCCCUAAUUCGUCCCAGAGGCUUUUCCAUUCAUCUUGUGAUCAUUACGUCAAAGCGAUGCCCAAUGCUCAGUCCAUGGGGAUCGAAGAUAUAAAAACUAAUUGUGUCCCACAGGCUCGAUUAGCAAAGCCUACCAUGAUUAAUAGCACUACUGACUUCAAUACCCAAGGACGGAAUGAUGAUUUAAGGACUCUGCUAAACUCUCGAGACCCAAGAAAUAACAACUCACCUGUACACCGGAAUAUCCCACCUACUGGGAAUAAAAUUUCAGGAUCUAAUACUUCAGAUCAACUGAAAAAUAUCCGCUCUAGUUUUUCUGGAACUAAUAACCAAAAUUAUUUCCGGAUACAAAUACCUAGCACACGUGCAAUAUCUCGACCUAAGGGAUUUGCAAUGACAGAUAGUUUAAAAUUGUAUGAAGAACAAAUUUUCAGUCAUUGUCAACCUUCUCAACGUCCUCAGUCAUGGUGUCUAGAUUUCGACCAACCACGCGAUGAAAAUAACCCGGUAGAUGAUUCACAUUCUAGUUCCCCAGCGUCUACUGUGUCUUCAUCUUUCUCUUCUUCCUCCUCAUCAGAUACUUCCCAAUUACUAUCUCAGAACCACACGGAUCUUAGAAGGAUAAGGAAUGUUCCCUAUUAUACUCCACCUGUGCACCCACGAAACUCUUCAAGAUAUUAUCAUCAAAAUGCUCCAGUUGUGACGUCCUCUACUGGACUUGUGGCUAGUGAAGCUACAACUCCUACCAGUGGUGCACCACUUGGUUGCCAUCUAGCGGAACUAGCCAAGGAAACUCGUUCAAGUCAGAAAUGUCAUAAUAAUAAUAAUAAUAAUAAUAAUAAUAAUAAUAAUAACUAUGCACCUGUGAAGUCAGUUGAUGAAGUUUUUUCUUCAAAUGAACUGAUCAACCAUUGCCUGAACACACGAAAUUCUCAUUUCAAUCAUUCUGGUGUUAUAUAUUCCAAUGCACAAUCAGAGUCAAUUCAAACUAACUCUAGUUAUGAUACAGUACGUCCAAUUAAUUUAUCACCAGCUAAUCUAAGAUCGAACUUUUUAAUAAGUCGACCAAGUUUGCCUCUGGAAACUACUGUAAAUGACGAUCAAAUUUCUAAUGUUCACUAUCUUCGUCAUCAUUCAUGUGAAGAAAACUAUUCACAACCAAAUUCUGAAUGUAGAAAGUUAUCAUUGAUUACUGGAUCAUCUCAAUUAAUUGAUAAUAAUAAUAAUAAUAAUAAUAAUAAUAAUAAUAAUAAUAAUAAUAAUAAUAAUAAUGCUCAAGAGCAUUCCUCUUCUUCACGGCUUACACCAUCACCCAUAAUUUUCUCUUCAUCUGUUAGUGAUCGUUCAGACAAUAACAAUACCACGAUACCACCAUCUUUGCUGGACAGUCAUCAAGAUGUAAUCGCUUCGCCUAUUAUACCUCCAUCUACAACUACUUCUUCAAAUAAUUCAGAUGUUGAUCCAAUUCAUAGAGCAGAUGAACAACACCAGAAUAGUAGAUCAGUUUCUCCAACAUGUUGUAGUUCUCUCUUAUUACCUCCACCUGUUCCAUGGAAUUUGGAUUUAACAUCUGAAGUGAAUGAAACAACACCAAGUUUAUUUGUUAAUAAUAGUAAUGAUAUGAUUUUAAGAAAUGAUUAUUAUCAAGGUAAAAUAGACAUUGGAUAUAAAUUUAAUGGUGAUACUACACAACAACAUGCUUGUAAAAAUGUCGAUAAUAAUAAUCAUUCAAAAUGUCGAAGUAAAGAUUCACUCCUUUCAGAUGACAUAAACUUUUUAAAUAAUUCAUGCAAUACUCAUCAUCAUUAUCCGAAUUAUGAUAAUAAACCACUUGGAUUAUUAUCACCAAGUCAUCAUUUAAAUUUUGAUAGUUUUGAAAUUUCUGAAAUGACUGAUAGUAAUACAUAUGCUUUUAGUACAUUUGAUUCAGAUUGUUUAGCAUGGAUGCGUUUAACUGUACAUGAUGUAACAAAUAAUAUAAAUGAAGAUAUGAAUAAUUCAUCAGAAUUACAAUUACCUAAUUUAGAUACAUUAUCUCGACCAUGUGUUCAUCAUUGGGUGGAUAUAUUCAACUCGAAUCCUUUAGGUUUACGAUUAAAUUUUGUGGAUGAUUCUUGUCGACUUGCUGGCACUCUACGCAUUUAUAUUAAUCUUAUUAAACCGGUGAAAAUGUCUUUAAGACGUACAUUGGAUAUGUUUCCAUCAAGUGCAACAGCGUCACCUGAACCAAAUAGUCCAACUAAAGUGAAUUUAAAUGAAAAUGGGGAUGAGAAUAAUGCUGUACCAACACCACCACGUUUAGUCUCAUUUUUUCUACCAAGAGGUACUUCAAAAGUAGUUUAUGUGACAAGUUCUACAACUUCAGCUAAUGCUAUUCAAUCGUUGUUAGAUCGAUUUCAUAUACAAGAAUCUGCUCGUAAAUUCGCCUUGUAUGAACAUACUUUAGAAGAUAGUUCAAUUAGCGCUCGAAAACUUACUACAACUGAAUGUCCUCUUCUAUUAUUAUUAAAUUGGGUACGUAUAAGUACAAAUCGUGAACAAUUCUUAGAAUUGUUGAAACAAAAACGUAUUGUACUACAAGAAAAUGAUGCUUGUGAUAUAGAGUGGAAAGACUUUACGACAGCAGAAUUAACAAAUUUCCUACGUAUACUCGAUAAAGAGGAAUGUGAAUAUCGUAAUGCUAUACUAUAUCAAUAUAAUUUGUUGCGUAAUCAACUAGAACAACGUAUGAAACAAUUAGUAAUUACGAAUCACGUUCAUCAUCAUCAUCAUCAUCACUCUCAUUUUCAUGAGUCAAACGAAGAUACUGGGGUUUUUUCACCAGUAGAUAGUAAUGCUACUACUCCUACUACUAAUACCACUGCUAAUGGACCUAUCUAUUCAAGAUACUAUUCACAUUCACAUCCAUAUGCACUGGAACAAACUACUGAAGAUAAUCAGUUACCUAGUGGACAUUGUAAUUGUCAUUGUUCUCAUUAACUAUAGUCGUUUUAAUUUGUAAUCAUUAGGUGUAUCCCUUUUCACUUAUGAAUUGAUGAGAGUUUCUAUAUUGAUGAUAAUUUCAGAAAAGAAAUUCACAUCAAUCAUCAUAUUUGGAUUCAGUAUUUUUAUUCAUUCUAUAUUCCCUUAUCUUAGUGAUUAUACUUUAUUGUUCAAUGGGUUUAGUGAAAAUUCUUUCUAUAAAUAUUACUAUCAGUACGAUUAUUUACUAUAAUUAAUCAACUAUGUGUGUACUGUCAGUAGUAUAUAUGUCCACCUGUUUAUUAUUAUUACCAUCACUCUCUGUUAACAGAAAUCUAAUUCACUUAUUCGACUUGCUUUUUCAAUAUGUUUUCUGUUUGAAUAAUUUGUUACUACAUAUUUUUUCCUACUUCUCAUGUAUACACGACCUUAUCUUAAUAAUUAGUUUUGAGUGUAUCAUUCUAUCUCUAUGUGCGUGUGUGUAUUUCGUGGUGGUGAAUGUUUUACGUUGUUUUUUUUUCCGAAAAAAAAUCAAGCGUCUUUUUAUUUUGUGCUGAACUUGCAAAGUGUGAAUAACUGUGACUAGUUGAUCGUGUUUGUUUGGAUAAUAGAGUUCGUCGCUAUCUUUGAACUACCCAAGUUGAAUUUUGUUGCCAUUAAAAUUAUUAGUAGUAUUGUUAUUAUUAUCAGUAAUUAGAGAUUGUAAAUAAAUUUGCCUUUCUUAGCUUUUUGCAUAAUUUUUUUGUUCUUUUUCGGAAAACAAUACUAGUAGGGCAUAUAAUAUCAAUUUGAUUUUUGAUUCCCCUUAGAAAAAAACUUUCAUUCACAUUUAUUGUGUAUGUUUGUUUAUCUGUGUAUGUAUGUAUGUGUGUAUGUGUGUGCAUCCGUGUUCGUGUAUGCUUCUUUCUGUUGUUACAUAAAAACAAGUGAUCAUCUUUUAGUACACGUUUUAGAAACUUGUGAAUCAUACUUGUAAAAGUGAUAGUACGUGCGUGAAUUGUUCACAUACUACUGGUUUUAACCUGUUUAAUACAUUAUUUAUCCAUAUUACAGAUUGAAAUACACAACACAUGAGACAUUUUACCUGUGUACAAUUCUUUUUUUUUCUGUGGGAAAAGAAUAUAAUGCUGCACCCUUUACAAAUGCAUACAUACAUUUUCUUUCUCUUAUAAUGCUGUUCGCUUUUUAUUGUCCUGUUUUAAGAAUACCUUGAAUUGUUUAUUUGUUUGUUGUGUUGAAAUUUGAUUUGAUUUCUCUAUUUCACCUUGAAAAAAAAUCUAGGAAGCAAAUAAAUAUUUUAUGAGACAA